UGAAACUCCAGGUGGAAGGAUCGCUGCUCCUCGGUUCAUCCAGAGGAGGAAUACCAGGAAAGGAUUCCGCAUGGGAUUACGUUUUUAACGCGGACGGGAUUAUAUUACCUCCUCAGGUGGAGCGGUAAUUCAAGAACAUCUGGCUGAGCUGCUGAACCAGAACAUCCUUCACCAUGAUCAGAUCCAUUACUGUCGUCUUCUACGCGUUCCUCUUGUCUUGGGCAUGCUGGGCCAAGCCUAAUGGAUUAAAGAACAAGAAACCAAAGCAAGUUGUUCCGGAUAUCGAGUGUGACGUCCGAGCGGGGAAGAUUAACCUCCCAGAGUUCAUUGCCAAGUGCCCAGCACACUGUAAAGAAACCAAGCAGCAGGUCUACGGGACAGGCAUCUUUGCCUCCAUCUCCAGCAUCUGCAAUGCAGCCAUCCAUAGUGGAGUCAUCACAAACUCAGGGGGGAAAGUAAUUGUGAGGAAGAUGGCCGGGCAGAAUGUCUACAAAGGCAGCAACUCUAACGGGGUGCGGUCACUGUCUCUACCCAAGUGGAGGGAGUCAUUUGUGGUCUUAGUUGGGAAGCCAAAGAGAGGUGUCAUCUACCCAUCCACUCUGGACUAUGCUCCUUCAAGACCAACAUACGUGAAGACAGGUCCAAAAGACACCAAAUUAGCUGCGUUCACAACGCUGCCGCCAACAACAGCACCUGAAGCCACCACAACAACCCCUGAACCGACAACCACAACUGCUCCUACCACCACCACCACCACAACCACUAUGACUCUGCCACUACCCACGACCACCAAAGCCCGGGCCGCAGUUCAUAAAAUCAGGGACGCAGGCAGCAGUCACCCGUACCUUGCCCAUGUGGCUGCCGCAAGUUCAAGACAGUCACAGAGUGCCCAAGGAAAGAGUCCAAGCCAAGUGUUCAGAGGUAGCUCCUACCCAAACAGGUAUCCACAGCGUGCCAGUGCAGGUUUGCGCCGGCCAGAGGCGGGCUCAGCCAUCAGGAGGCAACCAUCCUCUCCAGUCAGCCCAGCUUUCCCCAGGAGAGACUGGCCACCCUCUUCUUACUCUCGCCCUGACUGGUUCCCAGGAGCUCGACGACCAGCAGAUGUUAGCUAUGCAGUUCCAGACUCAGGAUACGCAUGGAGUGAGACAGAAACACCUGAGAUUCCAGCUCGGGAUCUCAGGCCUGAUAUCUCAGAGUAUGAACGCUGGCUUUAUAGCUUUGGACCAUACCCCCCUCGCUCCACUGACUUAGAAGGCAGCCACAAAAUGCCCCAGCACUUACCCCAUGGCAAAGUGGAGCCAGUAGAUGCCUGGAAACAAGAUGCAAACCCCUAUGAAUCAGGUUUUAGCUUGAGAGAACCAGAGGCGCUACCUAGAGCACCUGAACCCCCUGCAUCACAAGGAGACCCAAAUUGCAAGGUUGAUCUUGCCUUCCUGAUGGAUGGCAGCUGGAGCAUUGGGAAACGGCGUUUUAAGAUCCAGAAAGACUUUCUGGCUGAGGUGGCUCAGGUCAUCAACGUAGGCAUGGCUGGACCAAUGAUGGGCAUCAUCCAAUAUGGUGACGAGCCUGUGACGGAGAUGAGUCUGAGGGCCCACUCCAGCUCCAAGGAUGUGAAGUCGGCCAUAGAUAAGAUUGUGCAGAAGGGCGGCAUGUCCAACGUGGGUGUGAUUGCCUACUCCAUCGGUAUCGCCUGGGCCGCCCAGGACGAGCUGGAGUACAUCGCCACUGACCCCGACAAAGAGCACUCCUUCUUCGUCGAUGAAUUUGACAACCUCUACAAAUACGUCCCCAAGAUCAUCCACAACAUCUGCCAGGAGUUCAACUCUCAGCCCAGGAACUGAGGUUGUCAGUGCGACGGAGGUGGAGGAGCAUGUUGGAUCAGGGCCGUCUUUAUCAGAACGCUGACCGCAAACGUUCUCACCCUGCGGUCCCACAGAUGGCGUCUCUAGGUGGGCUGCAGACACACACAGAUGUAGAGGCUAGAAUUUACACUUCCAGUAAAAAGCUUACAGACACUCAUCACCGGUAUAAAAGUCACAUCUGAUUUUGGGUCUUUUAAUGAGUUAUAUGAGCCAGAGUUUCACAAGGAACCGAUUUUACAUCAAGUAGCAUCAUUGAAUUUCAAACAUAAGAAUUAAAUGCACGUGUUUGAAUUUUGUGUUGGAUUUUUUUCUAUUCUAGUUAUGGUAAUCAAAAUUAUACACAAAAGUUCAAAUACAUAUAACAUUUGAUAGCUGCAUGACAGCCACAUGCCAAAAAUAAGCUUCGGUAGAAAUUGUUGCUGUAUAUUUGCAGAAUUGGAAGCAUUAAUUUAAUUUGGAUGGUUUUCUGGUUUUCAUCAAAGUUGUGGUGAGGGUGGAGCUCGUCCAGACACUCAGUGAUUUAAUUAUUUCCAAACCAGUUUUAAUGUGUGUUUAACUGCCACUUAAGCUUGAACAUAAAUUCAGUACCAUUUUCUCAUUUUAACACAAAGUUUCUUGUUAAAACUUGAAAAUAUUCUUGUUAAUACAACAUGCAAAGCUCAUUAAAACAAGAAACUUUGACAUUCUAAUGAGAGAAAUUUUGUAUCUCAUUAUUAUGGCAAAAUUUCUCAUGAGUUUUAUAUGUUGCGCCAACAUGAAGAAUAUGGUCCCCUCACAGACAGCGGUGGUUAUAACAAGUUUUUUUUUUUUAUGUAGUUAAAAUAAGAAGAUUUUUCAAAUGCGUAUCAGAACUGGUUUUGAAACGGAGAAAUUGAGGCCUCUGGACUGGCUUUUCCAAAGCCCAAACCUCCACUGUAUUGAAAAAAUUCUGGACUUAGCUCCAAGGUUUGGCAUGUAUCAGGAAAUCAACUCAUUUAGAAUAAUUAGUUGUCAAAUAUCCAGCCAGAAUUAAGCCAGAAGCCUGACCGUGGUUUGAAAAGCAAUCGUACAAGUGGGCAAGGUUUAAUUCUCUAAAAAAAAAAUAUUUGAGGCAGUUUGUAUAUAAAACAUUUUAACCCUAAUGAGCCUGCGAGGAUCAAAACAGGUUUUAUAACCCAACUCUUGUUCUUGAAAUUCUUUGACAUUCUUUGUUGUGAGAACGAUUCAAAUACAUUUUUAAAGGUACAAAAUAAUACCACGCUCAUUCUAAUGAUGAGUAUUUGUAAACUUUUUUUUGUAACUGUAUUUUCUCAUGAAUUUGAAGAUCAAUUCUAAAAUAUAUCAACAGUAAAUUCUCAUGAAAACCAUUUGCAUUGCACCACUUGUUGGUGCCACAAACAACACUGUCAAGUCUUUGGUGGCCAGUUUGUGUGAUUUUCCUUACACAAAAUUUAGGUAAUUAUUUAAGUUUAUCAAAAGAAACUGAAAUAAAACAGGAAGCUACAAUGAUGUACUGCAGUCAAAAUGCAACUCCUUUUGUGCGUUACUAGAAAGCGAUUCCAACAUAAUAAACUUUGCGGACAUAUGUAGGUCUAACACAUUCCUAACAUUUCCUUUAAUGGCUUCGUAUACUUCAUAAACUUGUUAACAUGGUGCUUUCAUAUGAUUACCUGUGAAGAGGAUCCCCUCUUUCACAGCUGAGGUAUUUUGAUCUUUCUAACAGGAGAUGUAAUCUGAGUUCAAGUCAGAGACUAUGGUGCUAUUUAUCUAAUUUUUAUGUGGGUGUAAAAGCAAACCACCAGCAUGGAUGUGGACUUUUGUGAAAAGUGGGGUUUUAUGCAGUUUAUUUAAUCCCUUUUUGUAUUUCUGUAGCGAGCGCCUCCUAAUAUACCAAGCAUUUUGAAGUUUUAAGAGUAUUUAUGAUUUUUUUUGCCUUUGUUUUCCUGUUUGUACAUAUGCUUAUUAAAAUGCCUUGCUUGUCAUGUUCACAUAAUUGAUCAUUUUUUGUUUUUAAUAAAACAAAUGAACAGAA